AGAUAAAAGGUAUUUUUGUUCAUCCCUUUCUUGCUGAGAGGAUCAUCUCCAUGCUCAACUACUUUUUACAGCACCUGGUAGGCCCCAAGAUGGGCGCCCUAAAGGUGAAAGACUUCAGUGAAUUCGACUUCAAACCCCAGCAGCUAGUGUCGGACAUCUGUACUAUUUACCUAAACCUGGGAGAUGAAGAACAUUUCUGCGCCACUGUCCCAAAAGAUGGAAGGUCAUAUUCACCCACUCUGUUCUGCCAAACUGUCCGCGUACUCAAGAAAAUCAACAAGCCUGGCGACAUGAUUGUAUCUUUCAGUCUUUUAGCAGAUAAAAUUAAGUCACUUGCAGACAGGCAUCAGCAAGAAGAGGAGACCUACUCUGAUGCUCCGGAUGAAUUUCUGGAUCCCAUCAUGUCUACAUUGAUGCUUGAUCCGGUGCUGCUACCUUCUUCAAACGUCACAGUGGACCGUACAACAAUAGCACGACACUUACUAAGUGACCAGACAGACCCUUUCAACCGCAGUCCGCUCACCAUGGACCAGAUCAGGCCCAAUGAAGAGCUCAGGCAACAGAUCAUGAAGUGGCUUGCUGAUCAUAAGCAAAGCAACCAGCAAAUGGGACCCAGUGGUUAAACCACAUCACUCCCUUGAGUCCCUUCCCCCAGCACCCAGGCAUGCUCUGUAUGACUAAGCCAUUCAGAUGUUUCUGGCCUCUCUCUUACCGCUUUGAAACAAGAACAUUUAACCAUUCGGAGGAGCACGCCUGCAUUCAUGCUGUUAAUG